AUGAAAAAUCACAGUCUAAAAUGUACAGAAUUUAUUCAUAUUGAACAAUCUCAUCACUUGAAUCAAAAUAAUGUUAAAGAGAAUCAUUUGAUAGAGGAUGUUGAACAUUCUAAUUCUAGUAGUACUAUUCCUACUACCACUAUUAUUAAUUUAAUUAACAAUGAUAAGAUUAUGCCAAAAGAAACUGAUGACUCUAUUAAGAUUAUAACAUUCAAUGAUAAUGUUACUAAUACUACUAAUUUAAUUAACAAUGAAAGUGAUAACUCAGAUGAUUUUCUAAAUGAAAUAAUUGAUUAUUUCUUCUUAUUUAAUGUUGAAUCUAUUUAUGUUCUGUUCAUUCAACUUUCUCCUGCUUAA